AUGGGUCAGGCACCUGGCAUGGGUGAGGUACUCACCCCCAAGAGGCAGGCGGUCGUCGAUCGUCUCAGACGUCGAAUCGAGAGUUAUCGACGGAGGCAGACCGAUUGUAUACCAAGAUUCGAUCAGAGUUUCAACGGUCUAUGCGAGCAGAACAUACAGGACACGCUGGUGUUGAAGCAACGUUUCCUCGAGAGUAAAGCGAAACGGCAGGGGGAGAAGACGGACAAGAAGCAGAGCGAGCCGGUCGGUCUCUCCAGCGUUCACGUGGUGAGUACAUUACGCAGUAACCAAAAAAUAUACCAACGCAGAUUCGUGAGUAAACCUAACCUAAGUAAUAAUGUCAACUUAACUAUCACAACGUAUCGUUGA